AGGGGGUGGCGGCGGGGAGAGCGGGGCGCAUGCGCAGAGCGAGGGAGUGGCGGAAGUGAAGCGGCGGCGGAGGAGAAGGAGGCGCCAUGCAGGCGCUGGCCGUCGCCGCCCGGCUCUGCGGGCCGGAGCUGGAGCGCUACGGGCGCUGCGUGGCCGCGAGCCCCGGGAGCUGGCACCGGGAUUGUCACCAGCUGUCCCUGCGCGUCACCGAGUGCACCUCCAGCCACCCCCUGGUGCGCCGGAUCCGCCGCGACUGCUCCGACUCCUUCGGGGCCUUCGAGCGCUGCCUGCGGGAGCGGCCGCGCGGCGCCGCCGAGUGCGGGCCCCACGUCGGGCGCUUCCUGCUCUGCGCCCAGGGCGUGGCCCAGGGGGACACGCCCACGGACACGCCCGGGGACACGCCCAGGGACACGCCCGGGGACGCCCAGGGGGAGACGCCCAGGGAUACAACUGGGGACACGCCCAGGGACACGCCCAGGUACACCCAGAGGGACACGCCCAGGGACACGCCCAGGUACACCCAGAGGGACACGCCCGGGGACACGCCCAGGAACGCCCAGGGGGACACGCCCGGGGACACGCCCAGUGCCACACCCAGGAACACCCAGAGGGACACGGAUGGGGACACGCCCAGGGACACGCCCAGGAACGCCCAGAGUGCCACGCCCAUGGACACGCCCAGGAACACCCAGAGUGCCACGCCCAGGAACACGCCCACUGUCACGCCCAGGAACGCCCGGAGUGCCGCACCCAUGGACACACCCAUUGCCACGCCCAUUGCCACGCCCACAGGGAAUCCCUGGAAUUAAAACCACGCCGGGAAAACCUCGGAACCUUCCGGAAUCUCCUCCCAAAGCCUGGGAAUUGCCCCUCUGGAAAAGGAGCCCCCCUGGGAUGUUUUGCCCCAAUUCCCUGCGGAUUCCCGAGCUUUUAUCCCCAAAAUUGGAGGAAGAAAUAAAAAUUCCAGCGGGGUCUCCCCAGGAAUCUUCGGGAUGGGACCAAAAAUUUGU